UCUCAACUCUCGAAACCCUUAAAAUUGAAGACUUUGAUUCUAGCUGAGAAAAUUCAGAGUCAAGUCAAAAAAAAAAAAUGAAAAUAAAUGUCUUUUCCCGGCUUUUACAUUUCUUCUCUUCACUGUUUAGAAAGAAAUUAAUUUAAAUCAUUUUAAAUUAGAAAAAAUGUGCAUUGUCGUGAAUGUCGUGAUCGUGAAUGAAUAUGAAUAUGGAAACUUGAUUUGAUAAAUUUUAUAAUUCCUACAUAAUGGGACGCAAAAAGGAAAGUAAGGUCUAUGAGUAUUUUGAACUUAAUGAAGUAGAAGACACAGCUACCUGUAAUGUUGAUACCACCAAAUGCGAGGAAGUUGUGAAGGGUAUACACGCUGGUAACUGUGAGAAGCACCUAAAAAGACACCACCCGGAUACAUUUGCCUUGUAUAUCAAAACGAAGGAAAGCGGAGGCCGCAAGCGACAAUCGUCUGAAAUAACAUCUAAAUCUUCUGAUGCAGCAGCCCCAGCAAAAAAGAGACGAUGUUUCCAAACCAAUAUCACAUCUUACGCUACCUCACCUCAAAUUACCAUUAAUAUGGACUACAAUCGUUUUGCUAAUGCUUGUGUAGAAAUGGUAACAAAAAACGGUUUGCCAUUAUCCACAAUCGAUUGUUCCGGGUUUACGGUCAUAAAAAAUGCUAUAAUGGGCGGAAUUCAAUCUGCAAAAUUCAUAAACUCAUCUGAAGAGAGUAAAUUGAUAAAACCCAUUAAUCGUAAAAAAAUAACAAGCGAUAUCAACGAUGCUGCGAAUGACAUUGUUAAAAUGAUUAGCGAUACGUUGAAAAAUAAAAUGUUUUCCCUCCAAUUAGAUUGUGCAACACGAUUAGAAAGAUCUUUCAUUGCAGUAAAUGCACAAUACGUUGACGAAGAUAUGAACUUUCAUAUAUUUACAUUAGGGGUUUUGAAUAAUUCAAAAUCCCCCACCGGUGAAAAUUUAAAAAUCGCCGUCAAAGAUCUUUUGGAGAAAACCUACAACUUGAAAUUGAGCCAAAUUAUCAGUAUUGCAACUGAUAAUGGCAGUAAUGUGUUGAAAAUGGUUGAGUUGUUGGAUGGGGUACUUGAGAAAAAAGCUGAUAAAAAUGAUCCUGUUAGUGUUUCGGUAGCUGAAAGUGUUACGUUGCCUGAAAGUGUUACGUUGCCUGAAAGUGUUACGUUGCCUGAAAGUGUUACAUCGCCUGAAAUACCAAGUUCUUCUGUUCUUCAAAAUGACAGUGAUGAUGAUGAUGAUCGAUGGAGCAUUGACGAAAUUGAAGUGGAGGUACAUGAGCAAGAAACAAGGAGUAAUAAUUACGAUGAAGAUGGAUUGAAUAGCCACUGCACAGAAAAUAAUGCAGAUUUGUUGUCAUCAUGUGUGAAUGAUUACAAAACUACGGAAAAAUGGAUCGAAAAUGUAGUUGAAGAGUUCGAUUUUGAUGAUAUUAUUAGUACAAGAUGCUGCGUUCACACGUUACAACUUGCUAUUGGUGAUCUUAGUACGGAGAAAUAUUGUUCUGAUAAAAACGUAUUACCUUUGAUCCAGAAAGUCCGCAAUGGGGUCAAAAUACUAAGAACUAAGACGUUUUUGAAUUUAGCCAAAACGUUUCCCGGUCAUAAAAACUACAAAAAAUUUAUUCUGGAUGCUCCAACUAGAUGGAUGUCAAUUUACCAAAUGAUUACAAGAUAUAUUGAUAAUAAAGAUUUAAUCACGUUUUUGAGACAACAAUCGAAAGAUUAUGAUCUGAAACAGCUGAAACUUACUGGCAGAGAAUGGGUUGAUUUGAACAACUUGAAAGAUGCUCUAAGUCCCUUGGAUGAAGCCAAUCGAAAACUACAAGGCGAAAAGAUAAGCUUUUCAAGCUUUUAUCGUAUUUGGAGAACUUGUUGUAUUAAAUUGAGCAAAAUCAAUUGCGAGAAUGAAAAUGAACCGGAGAUUCCUUCUUCAUCCCAAUCUGAUGCCGCCAAUUCUAAUAACGUUGCUACCGAAGAUGAAUUCUCAGAAGUACUCCGCAAUAUUCCUGAAAAAUUUAAGGCACCUGUGUCUACUUCACAGUCCGUUGUAUCAAAGCUGGCAAAAUUUAAGGAUGAAUUGGAAGCAUUUUUUGAGCUUCCAUGUAUGGAUUCAGAUGGCGAUGAAAAAUUAUUCUGGGUUCAGAAUAAGGAAAAAUUUCCUAAUAUUUACGUAAUUAGAAACACGUUGAAAGGCGCUCCUGUAACCGAAGUUUCCUGUGAGAGAUUAUUCUCAGCGCUUAAAUUUAUAUUGAGUGAAAGAAGGAAUCGCUUGUCCGAUGAAACUCUGUUUAAUAUUUUACUGAUUCGCUGUAAUUUUGAAUUGUUUUCUAAGUUUUCUGCAUAAUUAGUGAUUUUUGUAUUAUUCUUAAAUACGAGUGAAUUACCUAUUUGCCAAAUGCCAUUGUUAUGUUAUGUGAUUGAUUUGUAUUUGAAGAGCUCUAUUCAAAAGUGGGUUAAGUCAUUUUUUUCACCAAAAAAUGCGUUUAAAAUUUUUGUUGCCAAAAUUUGUUCUGUUUUGAAAGGUCAGUGCACAUUUCCUUUCUUUGGACAUAGAACAAUUGCUUGUAGAAAAAAUCACUUUGAAAAAUCAAUGACUUGACUUACUUUUGAAGUAAAAAUAUCAGUAAAACGUGCUUUUUUUGAAAAUGACUUAACCCACUUUGGA